GCGGGGCCCUAGGGAGGCCCCUCCCCUGAGUGGGCGGGGCUUGGAGAAGAAGCCUAAGCCAGCCAGUCCGUCAGUCGCCUUAAGUUGGUCAGGAGCGGAGCCAUGGAGAAGACCCGGCGGCCCGUGGUGGUGACGGGGUUUGGCCCGUUUGGAGAACAUUCGGUCAAUGCCAGCUGGAUCGCCGUUCAGGAGCUGGAGAAAAUCGGCCUCGGAGAAGAUGUGGACCUUCACGUUUAUGAAAUUCCUGUGGAGUACCAGGCAGUGCAGAGGCUCAUUCCAGCCCUGUGGAAGAAGCACAGCCCACAACUGGUAGUCCACGUGGGCCUCUCAGGCAUGGCCACCACUGUGACGCUGGAGAAAUGUGGCCACAACGUGGGGUACCGUGGCUUGGACAACUGCCGCUUCUGUCCGGGCUCCCAUUGCUGCGUGGAAGGGGGCCCUGAGUGCAUCGACUCGAUCAUCGACAUGGACGCCGUGUGCAAGCGAGUCUCGGCGCUGGGGCUUGAUGUGGCAGUCACGAUAUCGAAGGAUGCCGGCAGGUACCUCUGUGACUUCACAUACUACACCUCCUUGUACCAGAGCCAUGGCCGGUCGGCUUUUGUCCACGUGCCCCCGCUGGGGAAGCCUUACAGUGCCGAGCAGCUGGGGCGGGCCCUCCGUGCCAUCAUAGAGGAGAUGUUGGCUGUCUUGGAGUGCUCAGAAAGCAACAUCAACUGCCACAACGAACACUGAGCACGGACCAAUGCUCCCUCCCCUCGGUUCUCUCACUCUUGCACUUCUGAAAAAACAAAAACAACAAACAAAACAAACCCCUAAGGGAAUCCUUCGUAAAGGCCUGUUUUUGUGGAAUCCGGGGCAGGGAUUGCUGGCGGCGUCCGACUGAAUCUGGCAGAGGAUUCCGCUGUCUUCUUUGGCUUUGCUUCUCAUUCCUGCACUGCAGGGCUGGUCUCACAGAAGCUGCCUUGGCCUUGGGAAUGGGAGUCCCCCCUCUGAACGGAGAUCCUCUCUCAAGUGUACAAUUUGUUCCACUGUUGGAUAUCCAAAGGGUCUCCUGCUUCUGAAGAAGCCGUGCUCAGUCUCCCCACAAAAGAGGGCUUCUGUUUCUGCCGCAUCUGAAGCGUACGCCACCAUUUCUUGGGGCUGCACAUCUUUGGGACCCUUGGGGAAACUCAGUAGUAGGAACAGGGUGGGCAGCACCUCGUACACGCCAAAUAAUCUUGGCAGUGUUUCUCUUUUUUUAAAAAAGGGACCGAUGUUCUUUGAAUCUUGCCUUUCUCAAAUCCGGCAACCACAUACCUCUGAAAUGCACCGCGUCUGUUCUGGACACCUUUUUUUCCAAGCAUCUACGGGAGGGGAAUAUCUCGCACCCUCUUUAAGACAACUGGUGGUUUUCUUUUCCCUUCUCUGUGUCUCCUGCAAACCUCUCACCAUCCCCAGUGCCUCCGAGGUGUUCAGACACACUCGCCUUCCCUUGUACCUUAAGCAAGAUUGGAGACCUCCUUUUGUAAAGCCUUCUGCUGCACUGGGAGGGCCCUGGCUGUGGGUGCCAGCUUUGGGAGAGCCGUGCCCAUUCCUUGAUGGCUGCAGUUGAGCCCGUAUUGGGAGGACAAGGCUCGCUUGGACCCAUAGCCAUUUGCGAUGGAUAGACGGACGGACUCUCCUCCCUCUACCCUGCUUCCCGUUCCCCUCAAUCCCGCAGCCUGCGUUGGACUUGCCCUCUUCUCAGCUUUGCAGAAAAUACCCUGCACUUUCCCCCCUUAUUUUCUUUUUAGCCUGGUUAGGGUGUAAUGCGCGAACAAGAGAUUAAAGAUUGUUAAAGGAAAGAAAA